AUGGGAGGCAGCGGUGUGGGUGGCUGGGGGAGAGAAAGCUUUGUGUGUCGUUUUAAAACCGACGGUAAAGAGAUUGUGAGGGUGACAAAACGACGCAAAUUCUCCUAUUUUUCACUUACCCCCAAACAGUCAAAUGAAACUUUCAUUUUCGAGCUCUCUUUUCCCUCUCUUUCUCUCUUGCGAUUUGGAAGAGCUGAAGGUCUCUCUCUUUCCCCUCUCUUUCUCUCUUGCGAUUUCGAAGGUCUGAAGCUCUCUGUGAUUUCGAACCGGCAAUUUUCCGACCUCCGUUGGUGUGGAGAAAUACGUGAUGUUAUAUUCUCUGACAACGGCUCUGUCACUGUUGUGUAUCGUCUCACUGUAAGGGGAUCUGACGGAGAGGCAUUCCGGGAGUCAUCUGGUACAAUAUCGUCUAGUGAUAGCCAUAUUGUGGAUCCCGUUGCUGCAGCAGAGGAGAUAGCUUUCUGCAGAGCAUGUGCUCGGUUUGGCCUCGGCCUGUACUUGUAUCAUGAAGAAUAGAUUCUAAUGAUGAGGUAUUCAACUUGUGUCAACUGGUUGUUUGAUUUCUUAGAAGUGAGAUUGCAAUUUCCUCCUUUCAAUUAUGUAAAAAGUAAAUACUUAGUAGAACACGAGAAUUAGUAACCGAGUAUAUUACUAUUGUUUGAUAUUAUGUAGUAAUUUGUUUAGGUCUAUUUGGUUUGGUACAGUAGAAGGAUAUCUUCAAUUAUCUCUCAAAUGUAACGGAUCAUUAGUUUUGUAUUCCA